AUGUCCCAACCUGAGCCCGACGUCUAUGCCAUGCUCGAGUCGUCUUUCCAAGCCUCCCCGAACCUACGCCAGACAAAGCGCCUGCCGCUCCGCACCGACGACUACCGCACCUACUCGAGAGCUGCAGCGCCCCUGAAACGAGACUACUCAUACACCACACAAGCUACCGAUGACACCGAGUCGACCAUCGAAAGCGACCACAAUACGCCGCUCCCCUCGCCCGGCCUGCUCAAGGGAGCAGACAGCGGCCUCCCGCCCACGCCGCCCACAGCUUCGCAGGACGGAUCCUCCACCCAAAUGCCCGAGCAACUGCCACUUGCCGACAGCGUACGCAACUCGCUCAUUUCGCAAAAGUCGUCCCUCAGCACUCCAGUCAAUGCGCGCAGUCCUCCCACGCCCGAUCCCAGUCCGCCGCGAACCAACGCCUCGAAUGCUUCCAACGCUACCAAUGCCACGCUCGAACGACCGCCCAUAUACACAUAUCCCUCCUCAAGAGCGGACUCUUUCCAGACUGCUAGAGAGGACCCCUUCUCCUCGGAUCGCGACGACAGCAGAUCAGUGACACCCGCCAACGACAGGCUGAGCACUGUCGAGGAAGACCGAGGACUGGGCCUGGCAUUCGAACACGACCAAAGUGAUGUCACGCCGACCAACAUCCAAGGCCCCUACUUCCCCGCUACUGAACAGGUGGAUUCAACGGUCGGUGCUGAGGAAAACAAGGGUCCCCAGGUGGUCGAGGAUAUCCCAGAUCGGGAGUGGAACACAGACCUCAUGCGCAACGUAACGGUUCGCAGAAAACGCAGACCCGACUACAAUUCUCCUCGCAAAGUAUCCGCCCCAGAACCCGUCGCAAAGCCUGUCGCGCCCGUCGCAGAACCCAUUGCCGAAUCCGCCCCUGCCGUCACCAUCGUCGAAGCCGCCUCCCCAACUCCAAGCAACAGAGCGCGACGCGCUUCCAGUCUGCGCGAACGCGUCGAGGCCAGCCACAACAGUCCCGUUACGCCGUCCAUCGAGAACUUUGCGCAUUCCAUAGGGUGGCCCUCGGAGGGCGAAGGCAUGUCGGCUGGCAAGCAUCGCGAUUCAACCAACAAGCGACUCUCGACAGCGUCAGUGGCUUCGACAGUAGUAUCGGCCCAUGUUAUCAUCACUCCGCCGCGAAGAACACAAACACUACGACACUCAGGACGGAACAUGGCAUACAGAAGAGACAUCAGCGCGCCUUCGGAGCUUGGAUCCGGAGCCUACUCAAAUCGCAAUUCGGUCAUUUCCCAGUACGACGACGUGCCGCCUCGUCGCCUAGUGCACAAGAGGACCAACAUUGCCGAUAGGAGCGCGAGGUUUAGCACUGACUCCGAUGUCAGUUCUCAGCGCAUCAUGUCUCCGUCUCUGUCGUUGCGAUCGAGGACCAUCGAUAGCUCGGCGCAUACACAGGCUCAUCAGGAAUCCUUACGGAACGUGCUACAACCUGCCGCGGACAUACUAAGUCGACACAGCACAAUUGCCCGAUCAGGUGGCAGUUACCACAAACGAGUAAACUCAGCACCUGAACCCACAAGACGAACGCUGUCUUCGAAACCAAGGAACUUUACAGAGAUCCUGCCGUCCGAAAGCCCAAGGCCGAUUGAAACUACACAACCGCCUGUGGAGCGAGCACCAUCGCCAACCCUUUCACCGAAGCCACGCCGAGCAUCACCGACGUCGCGGAAAGGUCGACGACAAGAACCAGUGGUCACUGAUGUGAAACUCCCAGGCGGUCUCGACAAGACCCUGUCCGAUCUUCCUGACCAGGGUGUAGAUGGACCAGCCGAACGCGAUGUCUUCAUGGGAGCGAGUCAUCCUGUCGAAGACGCUCGUGUGCCGUCUGCGCUGACAGACAGAGUCAGACGCCUACUUGCGGCUCGUGAGACUGCAGAGGAAGCUACCCUCGUCGUUGAUGCAAAGCAGAACCCUGCUACAUCCGAGAACCUAGAGAAGUUCUCGCCGUUGAAAGAUAGUGAGCCUCAGCGUCAACCAUCAAGGCCAACUUCAUGGGCGAAGCGGGCAUCUCUACACCAGGAGAGCGCUUCCUUGUCUCCUGACGCGGCUGUCCGGCCCGUCGUAGACGAUCGUGUAUACACACCAGAGAUGAAACGCCGCAGCCAGGCAUCGCGACCUGACUCUGGAGACCACGGCCGCGUUAGUUUCGAUCGAUCCGCUUCGCGAUCUGCUUCUCGGACUGAAGAGCAUGCUAAUGCCCGCCACCUGUACUCUCAAUCGACGCCAUUCUCCCAGUUCUCCGAUACAGUCGAAGUCACCGAGGCAACUGCUGUGAGCAUCUAUCCCCACAACAACAACUCUCUGCUCGUUGUGCAGCAAUCGCGUGGAAACUCCCUGUUGCCAGAGCAGCGUCAACUACAGGACGUCCGAGAGGUGCGGGCAUCACCUACACCACCGUUUGUGGAUGCAGACGAAGCACCUCAGGAGGCUCGCGAAGAGACUGAUGAACCAUACCCCCAGCCAACUUUGACCUUUGAUCCCUCAACCCCGCCGAUGCAGUCUGCCCCCCCCCAGCCCGACGGCGUGGACUCGCCUCUUAAAACCCCUCGAGACCCGCCAGUGCCACCUAAAAUCAACUUCAUUCCUCCUACACCCAUGGAAGAGCUCGAGAAGGAGCUGGUACCUGGGCCACCAGGACCUCCUGAGCGAUCUGAUUCCCACCCCCAACGGCGACUAUCUGUUUUGCAGCGAGCUCGGCGGUACUCUGACAAUCUCAUCACACCGCUUUUCGCUCGCGCUUCAAAUAACCGAACCCGAUACGCUAGUGAGUCUCACGGACACAUUCACCGAAAUCCCUCAGUCCCCAGUGUCAAUGACGAAGAUGGCACACUUCAUCCUUUCUGGCGUCCGCGCGGUUUCUGGGACGGGUUUGAAGACGGUGACUCAGAGAGCGACGAGGAAGAAGGCCUGCCCCAGGGUGGCGACACCAGUGACAUUGAAGAUCCAGAGCCGGAGCCGGAGCCACCACGACCACGGCGUGCCAGCACUCUCGGCAACAAGCUGAAGGGCGGUUUCCGUGGCUCAGGCGGCUUCCUCAUCGGCAACUCUCUCGGCGUUGAACGUGCGGGCACGAACAAACGUCGUCAUCAUGUCACUCUUCCACCACACUUCCGAACCCCACGCACAGCUGGCCAUUUGGCGGAGCCCAAGGUCAUUAUCCAAGCACCCACACAGCCCCUGGGCCGUCACCGCGGCGGUGGCGUUACCAAGCGUCGUUCUAGCCACGACCUCCGUCGCAGCGCUUCCGUGCCAGACAACAUGUCGACCGUCUCCUACGAGUACGAACAGUCUCGUAGAAGCCGAGGCUCCUGGCGCCAAGGCAAGAGCCUUCCUGGUCUGAAGAAAUACCACGUCCAGUACAUUGGCAUAUCUGGCGUUAAAGACAGACUAAGGGAGCGCCGUACAGAAAAAAGGCGAGAGAAGAUUAGACGUAGUAUCGGAAGUAGAUAUUACGUCGACCCUGUGGCUCCUGAAUCCGCGUUUUCGCAGUAG